AUCAGUCUCGAAUCCAGUUUUGGUACUCUCUUGUCACCUGUGAAAUUCAGUAUGGCUCAACUAGCCUAUCUCGUGUUGGCACUUUGUGCGAUGCAGGUUUCGGCAGCACGUGUUGCUACUACCACAACAAAAACCACAACCCAGGCACCUGUGGACGAUUUCUUCAAGAACGUGACCGAAUUCGGCAAAAAGGUUCAAAAAGCACUGACCGAGACUCACGAAAGCGUUGUUAAGUCGCUCGGCUUUCAAUCCAACCAGGAGGUGAUAGAAACCUUGCAAAACGGCACCCAUAAGUACGUGGAACAGCUUAGGACAAUUCAUACGACACUACAGAAGGAAGCUGAGAAGCACUCCGACCUUUUCGAACCAGUGGUUAAGGAUCUGAACGCUAAACUGGCGGAAACAACAAAGAAAUUUAGCGAGCAGAAACCGGAGUUUGCCCAGAAGGCCAAAGAGUACCAGGAAGCGGUGCAAUCGAACAUUCAAUCGCUGGUCUCAGAAGCCCAAAAAGCUGGCGAACGCCUGAAGGAGGAAAGUCGUGGAGCGACCGAGCAACUGCAAUCCGCCCUGAAGCAACUGUUCGAUCUCACCGUUCAGAAUCUCCAGGAGACAGUGCGAAAACUGGAGGCUAAGAAGGACAAAUCCGCCUAGAUUAGGUUAACAUUGUCUCUCUACAGGCAUUGAUGGGAAUACCAGAAAAAAGAAGAGCAGAAAGAAAUGUUAGCAUUUAAUUCUACUACCGC